GGUUUUCCACUUGCAUCUUUGUGCCCCAAAAUCCAGCUAUCUCUUACCAUUUCCCUAUCUUUUUCCCCCUUUCCAAUCACAUUCCAGCUAACAACUUCUACCAGCUCACUCUCCACUCACUCAUCCAACCUACUCACUUCACUACGGAGUACUACAAACUUCCCUUUCAAACACCCCUAUAUAUAACUCCCUCUUCUCCAACUAAACUUCAUCAAACAUUCAAAUAUCAUAAACAUUUAUCCCACAAAAAAAAAUAUGGCACCCUCAAAAUUUGUUUACAUUACUCUUUUCUUAGCCACUUUAAUUGCCACUUCUAAGGCCAACUUUAACAAUGAGUUUACCAUUACUUGGGGAGAUGGUAGAGGUAAGGUCCUCGGCAACGGGGACGAUCUCACCCUCUCCCUAGACAAAUCCUCGGGUUCGGGUUUUCAAUCUAAAAACGAGUAUUUGUUUGGUAAAAUCGAUAUGCAGUUAAAACUCGUACCUGGUAACUCUGCUGGUACUGUCACUGCUUACUAUCUAUCGUCGAUGGGGCCUACCCACGACGAGAUAGAUUUCGAGUUUUUAGGUAACGUAAGUGGCCAACCUUACACUCUUCAUACCAAUGUGUUUGUACAAGGUAAAGGUAACCGUGAAAAACAGUUCCAUUUAUGGUUCGACCCCACUAAAGAUUUCCACACUUACUCAAUUCUUUGGAAUCCCCAAAGAAUAGUAUUCCUAGUUGAUGGAACUCCAAUUAGAGAACACAAGAAUAUGGAAUCAAAGGGAAUCCCAUUCCCUAAGAAUCAACCAAUGAGGAUUUACUCUAGUUUGUGGAAUGCUGAAGAUUGGGCCACUCAAGGUGGGCGGGUCAAGACCGAUUGGGCCCAAGCCCCAUUUACAGCUUCAUAUAGAAACUUUAAAGCUGAUGCUUGUGUUUGGGCUUCCGGGUCAUCUUCUUGCGGGUCGGGUUCAGUACCCAAAUCCGGGUCAGAAUGGUUGACCCAAGAGUUGGAUUCAGCUAGUUUGGAAAGAAUGAGGUGGGCCCAGAAGAAUUAUAUGGUUUAUAAUUAUUGUGCUGAUCUUCCUAGGUUUCCUGAAGGUCUUCCUGCUGAAUGCACUGCUACAUCUUAAAUGUGUUUUGUUACACUUGAUUAGAAUUAAAUUCAUUAUUCUUUGAUUCUUUUUAGCUGAUUAUUGUAACUUUGAUUCUUAGUAAUAUGAUUAAUGAAAUAUUCUCAAGUUGAGAUGAUUUUUCGAUUUA